ACGAGUACGUGUCGAACUUUUCCCAAAACUAAAACUGAUUGUUCGGAUCUCUUUUCUUCUCAACACAGAAUCCAUUUCUCUUUUUCUUUGAUGUUUUUGCUCCAUCGCAGGCUUCCCUUACUUGCACGCACAACCUUCCUCUGCAACUCCAUGGAGCCUGCGGUGACAUCCUCUUUCGGUGGGUCUUCUAGACUCGCCGCCUUGGCACAGCAACUGCGCAUGUACAAGCCACCGCCUUCUUCACCGUUCGACGACGCUGAGGAGAUGCAGCAGGCGGAUCAGGAGAGCGCAGGGAAAGUUGUUUCUCAGGUUGGGUUUCAGGAGUCUAUGACUCCGGUUCCGAAAGAUCCUGAGAGGUUCAGACCGAAGCGAGCGGCUGUGUUGAUCUGUCUCUUCGAGGGAGAUGAUGGUGAAUUACGCGUUAUACUCACUAAGAGGUCUUCCAGAUUGUCUACUCACUCGGGAGAAGUUUCACUGCCGGGUGGUAAAGCAGAGGAGGAUGAUAAAGAUGAUGGGAUGACUGCAACUAGAGAGGCUGAGGAAGAGAUUGGUUUGGACCCUUCACUUGUUGAUGUUGUCACUUCUCUCGAACCUUUUCUAUCUAAGCAUCUCCUUAGAGUAAUACCUGUGAUAGGAAUCUUGAGGGACAAAAAAACAUUCAAUCCAAAACCAAAUCCUGCGGAAGUGGAAGCUGUGUUUGAUGCACCUUUGGAAAUGUUCCUCAAGGAUGAGAACAGGAGAUCUGAAGAAAGAGAGUGGCUGGGAGAAAAGUAUUUGAUCCACUACUUUGACUACCGAACAGGAGACAAAGAUUAUACUAUAUGGGGUUUAACUGCUGGGAUUUUGAUCAGAGCUGCAUCUGUGACUUAUCAAAGACCGCCUGCUUUCACCGAGCAGUGCCCUAAGUUUAAGUACCCUAAAAUGGUAGAGAAACAUACUUGUAUGCCUUAAUGAACAUAACUUGAAUGGUGUCCCCCUAGAUUGGUCUUCUUAUAAGAUCAAUCAAGAAGACAGUAAACAUUCCAUAAAACUGAUUCUGUACCAGUGAAUGCAGAACUAGGAUAUUUGCUUAUAUAUAUGCAGACAGCUCAAGUUCAUGUUCAGAUGAGACAUCUCAUGAAUCUUUUGUUUAUGAGGAGAUACCUGGAGGGGUUUUUCAUCUUGUCAUGAUCUAGAGAACCGUUGGCUUGUUAUGGUUCACACUCAGUCGUUGAUUUGGAGGACAAUUCAGACUCGCCUUCAAAGUCUCAUUUUCCAUUGUAAAACUUGUGCAAAAUAAAUUUGUGUUCUAAACAAAAUUUGAAAGCAAACUUGUCUUAUGAACCUUGUAAUACUUUUAUUAAUUGUAGCGAUUUACAGUGUUAUCUCUGGACCAGAUUUGCUCUGUCUCAUUGGCACAUUCACUUACCACCAUUUCUUUGUAUUGAGACCUCUUUUCCUGUAAUAGCAUGGUUUAGGUUUGAUCAGGUUCUGCAUUGGCAGUUUGUAUGUUUAUGGAUGGCUUCGAUUCUGCAUGCAUGAUUCUUGGAAGAAUCUUUCGUCUCAUUGAGGCAGGAAUUUGCACUUGCCUACUCGUUCUAAAUUCUCAUGUUGUUCGGUUAAUGCCUUCUUCUUGCAAGCCCUCCUUUAUCUUAUUUGUUGUGAAGUAGGCAAGCUUAACAAGACGAGAUUCUCCUUGGUAUGUUUUUCUUUUCCACUGCAUUAAUAGUUAACUACAAUAGCUUUAGGGGUUGUUGUUUAUAAUAUCCACUUGCUGAAAUGAAAGGGACAGAGAGCAGAAACAAAAGUCAAUGGGGGCAUUCCGAGAAUCGAACUCGGGACCUCUCGCACCCAAAGCGAGAAUCAUACCACUAGACCAAAUGCCCUGUUGCUAAGCAUUUUAGUUAUAGGGCUGAAGAUCUCAGUAUUUUGCAUUGUGAUCAUGAUCUCUUAAGUUGACUUUUUUUGUGCACUUAGAGGGGUGUAACACGAGGACUUACUGGGAGGUCAACCAUCUUAGUACUACUUUCGCCCAAGCAUGAUUAACUGCGGAGUUCUAAUGGAUCCGGUGCAUUAGUACUUGUAUGAUCGUGAUUUCUUAAGUUGACUUAAACUAAAUAAUUUUGUAUGAAUAAGAUAUUCCUAGAUUUGUCUGAGUAUUCUUUCAACUAAGAUUCCAGGGACAUGAUUACUUGAAUUUUCUAAAGGAAAGGGGAUUUGUGGCUUGCAAUGGAAAACACAUAUAUGAUAGGUCUAGUUGUUCAAGCCUCUUCUGUGAGAAAUCACCUAGAAGAAACUAGUCAUAAGUUUUCUGGUCGGCCUGUUCUUGACUCUCAAAAUUUUGUUGUGAAACUAGAGUGUUGUGAUACUUUUCCAGUUUGUAGAAUCUUGUAGCUUGUAUAAGUUUCGUUUCUUGUUUUCUUGGUACAUAUUUAGAAGAGAGGAGUUUUGUGAUCGAAGAGAAAAAAAUUAACGGAUAUGAAAAC